GGAAUCUUUAAAUGCAAGUAGCACGUUUUACAGCAAAAUGUGUCGAUUUCUGAGUAUCCUGAUUUAUUUAUGUUCUCCACUUCCCAAAACGUAAUUCUGCAACAGUGGCAGCAUGCUGACACGCCAAUAUCGAGAAAAUGUCAAUGGACUGAUGCCAACACGGCAGAUCUGAUUGUAUGGAGAGUCAGUAACAACAGUCUGUUUACAGGCAGGAGAAAUGCAGCCAUCAAAGCCUUUGAGCUGUAUGUGAAAGAGAAACAGCUGGUAGGGAAAGUGACGCCUGCUUGGGUUCGAAAGAAAUGGGAGAAUCUAAAACAGAAGUACAAGGACCUCAAAACCCUCAGUAUGGUGGGGGGAAACACAUCAACUGCAACCUGGAAGUGGUACGCAAUCAUGGAUGGAGCGCUGAGUAGCGAGACCCCCCUCAACCAUCAUUUCAUCACACCUAUCCAAGUGUCCUCAUCUGCUCAGGACGCUCCACCCAUCAAGCAGAGAAAGGAAGAGGACUGGUUAUCAGCCCUGCAGGAGCUGGAAAGGAGACAGGAGGAACGAGAGAGGCAAGUUACAGAGAGGGAGGACGAGAGAGACAGACGAGCUGCGGUAAGAGAAGAAGAACGAGACAGGCGGGCUGCGGAGAGAGAGGCCGAAAGAGAUCGAAGAGCUGUGGAGAGAGAAGAAGUGAGAGAGCGACAGGCGCUGGAGAGAGAGGAGAGGAGGGAACGAGAAAUGUUUGCGAGACAGGAACGCUGGGAGAAAGAGAUGCUGUCUAGAGAAGAAAGACAGGAAAGGGACUACAGAGAAAGAGAGGAGAGGAGAGAAAGAGAAGCUGCUGCAAGAGAAGAAAGGCUUUUUAAGCUCCUCGAGACAUUUAUGGCCAACAAGUAAAACCGUUACUAAGUUACAUUCCAAAAAUUGCUUAUUUUCUACUAAUAAACUGUUUUGCAUUGCUACAAUGUGUCUAGUUGUUUUAAAUCAUACAAUUAGUAGUUAGAUAAUGAACCAAAAGUACAAACUGACAUGAUUAAAUCAUUUAUUAUUGAACAAAUCCAACAGAUAGUAACACAGACGAAAAUCAAUAUACCCACAAAGCAGCACACACACACAAAUGCCUGCUGAGCUUUUACAUUCUGAAUACAAGAGUAUGAGACAUUCAAUUAAUACUCAACUGACUAUUUUAACACCAAAUGUUAUGUAGAAGAAUUUGUGACGUUUUGGAAAAAAGGUUACAGUGUAUUUAAGAGUCAGAUUAAGCAGAAGUUGAAUUACACUGAGG